UGGCACCAAGGUCUGUGCACCAAAGCCUACCCCACCAGCUCAAGAGCCUCACCUUUCACAGACCUAUGCUUUCACCUAUACAGAUUACUUGGUUUUCUCUCACCCAGCACUUCGACUGUUGAUCCCCCCCUCGAAAUGGUCCUCCAAAGGCGGCCACUAUGAUAAAUGCUUUCCUGGUCUUCAACGGCCAAGGCCAACCACGGCUGACCAAGUUCUACACACAGCUGGACACAAGCAUACAACAACGGCUCAUCUCCGAGAUAUUCACCCUAGUGUCCAAUCGCCCAUCCGGCUCAUGCAACUUCCUCCCGCUGCCUCCCCUACUUGCCGCAUCUGGUACCUCUCACUCCUCGUCCGAGCCACACAAUGACGUGCCUUCCCUCGUCACCUACCGCAACUAUGCCACACUGUUCUUCAUUGUAAUCUCGACCUCGACCGAGUCACCGCUGGCCCUGAUAGACCUCAUACAAGUAUACGUGGAGGCCCUAGACAAGCUUUUCGAGAACGUCUGCGAGCUGGAUCUGAUCUUCAACUUCGAGACGCUACACGCCGCGCUGGGAGAGAUGAUAGUGGGGGGUGUCGUCAUCGAGACCAACUUGGACCGGAUCGUCGCCGGCGUCAAAGCCCAGGGGACCGUUGCCAAGAGACCGAUUAAUGAAGGCAGAGGUACGGGGCUCGGCGCUGGCCUUGGAAUGGGUGGGAACUUCGUCUGGCACGGACGAUGACAGGUGACACGCUUGUCCGGGGGGACAGAUUCCUACGAAGUCGCACUGCGCCAUGUCUGCAAUACCCACACCCGCCUGAUUAGGCGUACCUCGUGG